AUGAGAGCUCUGCAGCGCUUGGCUGCGGAUCAGAAACAACACAGCCUUAUUGUACCCGGCCACCACUUCAACAGCCGCCUCCAGACCCGCGACAGGCAGCAGCCAGGUCUUCCGAGAGGGCAGGGAGACACCCGCCCCGCCCCACCUCGCCGACCGCCAGGUACCGGAGACCCCAACGCCCGUCAGGCCGCCUCCUCCCCGCCCCCCACCGGCGGCGGGCUCGCCCCGGCAAGCUGGGGCAGCGGCACGGCGGAGUUCCAGCACCUUCUUCACCUCUGCCAAACUACUCCCGCGAGUACCGCCACCGCCGCCGCCGCCGCCCCCCGCACGGAGGGCGCUCCCGCUCCUCUGUCCCCUGAGCACACGCGAGCCGGGGAGGGGGUGAAGGCGCGCGGAGGAACCUCGGGCGGCAGCCCAGACUGCCCCGCCGUUGCACUGCAAGCACAGCAGCGGGGCCCCGGGCGUGCUCCCGCACGCUCACACAACACUCCCCGCCCGCCACGCUCCUGCACGCCUCCUCCCACCCCCAACCUCUCGGUUGAGCGACAGUCAGCCGACGCCAAUGGGAACGCCCUUUCGGCGCAGGGGGUGGGCACUCCCCCCGCAGGCGGGCCAAUGGGGACGCCGCUUCCUGAGCGGUGGCGUCGGUGA